GAUCCUGUCUAAAGAGGAAAUUUGAGCAACAAAAGCUAAGAGAAGUCCAAUAGAACAUUUCUCAGUGUGCUGGAAAGAGCAAAAGAAGAGUAGAAGUGAAGUGAAGCUCCAGUCCACAAUGAAGAUCCUCCUCAUCUUCACCCUCUCCCUAAUAUCAGGUCCAGUGGGCUGUGUUGAUGUGAUUGGCUACUCAGGAGGAAGCAUCAUUUUAAUCUCUAAUGUCUACUCUAGUUCAGCAAAGAGUAAUUAUAUUUGUAAGGUGGAAAACAGAGAAUGCACAGAUAUAAUACGUUUGAACACUGGAAAGAACGAUUUUCAAGUGGAAAGAUUCAUGCUGUAUAAAAACACAGAAGGAUUCUUAACAGCGUUUAUCAGAAAGCUGAAGCCACAGGAUGCUGGAAUGUACAGAAUGGGAGCAGGAACUCAGAGAUACACUGAUGUGACCCUGAAAGUUGUUAAUGAUUCUUGUUGUGCGGGGCCAAAAAUAAUGAACGCUUAUCGAGGACAGAAUACCAGCAUCAUCUGUAACUAUCCAGCGGUGUAUGAGAGAGACUACAAGUACAUCAUGAAACUUGAUAAUGACAGUGUUUUUAAUAAAGCCAUUCUAGAUAAUGGAUCAAAAUCUCAGAACAGCAGAUUCUCCAUUUCUGAUGACAGCAGUGCUAAAGUUCUCAGUGUGAACAUCAGUGAUGUGAGAGAAGCUGAUGAUGGAGUUUAUUUAUGUGUAGGGUAUAACAGAGCGGACUCAGUCCAGUAUUUCUCCUACUUCACAGAGAUUCAGCUGCAUGUUAGAGCAGCACUGACAGCGAGCCCAUUUAAUGGAGCGUAUUCCAGUUCUUCCCCUGUUAUCAUCAUCAGUGUGUGUGUCUGUGUGGCUCUGCUGCUGAUUGGAGGAUUGGCACUGAUGAUCUACAAACUGAGACACAAGAGAACACAAGGUUCAACACCUUCAUCUAAAGACAAUGAACAGGUCCCCCCUGCUGCUUGUGUCUACGAGGAGAUUAAUAACACCAACCAUGCUUCUGCCUCAGACACUGAACUUUAUAUGAAUGCUUCUUCGCCCACUGACCCUGACAGAGAGAUCUUCUCCACAGUACAACCACCCCAAGACCAAAAUCUCACUUACACCACUGUGAGUUUCCAGAAGAAUCCAGAUGACGCUGCAGUCACUUUCAGUAAGGAGGAAUCUGCCACUGAAUAUGCCACUGUCCAACACACCUCAAGACUGGAAUAACUUCAUUAUAUUUUCAACAAAAUAUACUUUCAACAAAAAUAUUCAUUAUAUAAUUUCUUACAUUUAAUUAUACAAACAGCAAAGCAGUAUUAAAUAUACAAAAAUCUUAUUUUUGUAACCAAUAUCUUUUGUUGGCAGUUUUGAUUAUGUGGCAAAAUAACAAAUAAAUGCCACCUGGUAUGACAUUAAAUGUAUUAUUUCCUAAUGUAGGCAUCCAUGUGGAAAUUGUAAUUUGACUUUAAGAUUAGUUUUGCAAACCUUAAUGGUUUUUUAGUAGGUUGCUUAUUUCUUUACUUUAUAGGCCUCACUGUGGGAAUUUACCACAAGGUGACACUAAAGGAUUUCAUAUCAAAUGGCCUUUAGUACUUCAUCUUGAAGAAAAUAGCUGAAAAAGACCAGAUGCUUCUGUGUAUUUACUAUGAAUGUAUCAGAUAUAUGUUCAAACAUAAAAUAUAAAAAUAUAAAAUAUAUACAUAUAAAAAAUAUGAUAAUUUUUGAUGAAUCUUGUUGAAAAACUUUGUGGUUGCUUGCUAGGAUUCUUUAGAAAGAUACAGUUGAAGAUUACAGAUGAAACUCUUAUUCACAUUGUUUAAAAAUAAUGAACAUUUAAAAUAAUUUUCACUAGUACUAAACUUUACAAGCACUGUGGAAUUUAGAGUUGUGCCUCUAAAGAUUAAGUGUUUCAUGGGAUUUUACACUAAAUAUUUUUUACAGGUGAGAGAAAAAUUAACACGAGAUUUUACUUCCAACAAGAGUAACCACCUACAGACUGAUAUAAUCACAGACAGUAUUUCAGAGUAUAAAAGAAAAUCAGGGAAAUAACACUAACCUUGUGUUUUCUGCUUUCCUUUAAAAUUCUUUCUCAUUCUUUAUUAAAUGAACUAUGUGUUUAGGAGUGUCACUGCAAUGUCAACACAAUGUUCAGCCACUGUGCUUAUAAACCUCUGGACAAUAACUUAUAUAAAUUAAAUAAAAAGGUAACUAUAAAGGCCUGAGUUGCCUUCAUGUUUUUUUUUUCUUUUUUUCUUGUAUAUAUUUAAGCAACUGAUAAAACACAGCAAAUUAACAAAGUGAAUAAAAAAUUUAAUGAAGCAAACAGUAUAUCAGAAUAACUUUGGGUGGGUUUCACAUGGCUCUCCAUCAUCAUCAUUGUGAGAAAAGAGGAAAUGACAGAACUAAAGUAGCAGAAAGAAAUCGGACUGCAAAGUGAAAGCGAGGAUCAGUAGAACUUUCCUCAGUGGAAUAGAAAGAGCAAAUUUCAACAGAAGUAAAGGAGUAGACGUCAAGUGAAGCUGAAUUUCAUUCCAGGAUGAAGAUUCUCAUCAUCUUCACCUUCUACAUGAUCUCAGGUCCAGUAGACUGCUCUGAUGUGAUUGGUUACUCAGGAGGAAGUGUCAUUAUAAUCUCUAACAUAAAGUGGUACGACCACAAUAGUAAAUAUAUUUGUAAGGUGGACGGAAAAGGCUGCACUGAUAUAAUACGUGCUGACACCAAACGCCACCAAGUUCACGAUGGAAGAUUUAUGUUGUAUGCAAACACAGAAAACUUCUUCUUAAUAUUGAUCAGAAAGCUGAAGCCACAGGAUGCUGGAACAUACAGAUUUGGUUUGGGGAAUCAGAGCAACUCCACUGUGAACCUAAAAGUUCAUAAUAAUGCAUCUUGUGGGGUGCCAAAAAUAAUGAACGCUUAUCUUGGGCAAAAUAUCACCAUCACCUGUAAAUAUCCAGGGGAGUAUGAGAGAAACAGCAAAUAUGUUUACUCGGUGGAUGAUGACAAUUUUAUUAAAAACAUUCUUGAUACUAACACAAAAUUUCAGAAUGACAGAUUCUCCAUUUCUGAUGACAGAAGUGCUAAAGUUCUCAGUGUGAACAUCAGCGACGUGAGAGAAGCUGAUGAAGUAUUUUAUUUAUUUGGCGUGUGGAACGGAGCAGGGUCAGUCAGAUAUUACUCCUACUUUACAGAGAUGUAUCUACAUGUUACAGAAUUGAGCGCAAACAUUCAACCAGCAACAACAGGGUCCUGCAUGAUGACAUCAGCAGCACCGAGAGAAACUCCAUCUCCAUUGCGUUUCAGUCCAUCUAUCAUUAUCAGUGUGUGUGUCUGUGCGGCUCUGCUGCUGACUGGAGCAUUUGCACUGAUUGUCUACAAACUGAGACAAAAGAGAACAAGAUUAUAUGCCUUCAUCCAAAAGUAAAGACAACAAUCCAGUUACUUCUGAUUUUAACACUGAUUCAGCUCAUUUGUAUGAAAACAUCAGAAUGAACUCAAAAUGAACCAGUGAAACAUCAGAAUGAACUCAAAAUGAAAAUGAAACCUGCACCAGUACACAAAUCAGACUUCCUGUUUGAGCUGUUGAACUCUGCUAUUCUUAAUGUUCUGAGCUGCCUCGUAGUGGCUCAAGUCCCAACGCUGUAGUGUGUCUCUCUUCACUUCUUUAUAGGACUGUGAUCUAAAAAAGAAUGUUGAUCACUGAAAUCCAAAUGUUGAUCAUUGAAAUUCAAAUGAAAUCAAUGCUAGUUCGAUCACAGGUGCAGUUUCUGGAGGACUGUUAGCCAUUUUGUGUGAGUGUGUGUGUGUGUGUGUGCUGUAAUCUCAUUCAACGCAUUGUACAUUCUGUUUUAAUUAUGCUGUUGAUGCUUUAGAAGGAAAGCUAUAUUCUGUAUAAUAAUGUAUAUCUGCUACAUGUCAAUGAAAUUCUCCUUUGCUUUCUCUAUCUAUAAAAACAUACUUCUAAACUUCACUGUAAGUGAAGACUGUCCCUUCUUAUUUUAUCUAAAUGCCUUGUUUUUAUCCAAUUAAGAGUGAACAUUGUUGAAUUGGAGAUGAUUGAGUGUUAAAGUGACUGAUGUUUUGUAGACUAAAACCAAAAAAAAUUAUUUUAGUCUCUUUUAAAAUCGGUAAUGCCAAGAUUUUGAGUUUGCCACUAAUACGCUCAUUAACUUUACAAAAAAGCUUCAUCAUUGUUUUAGUAAAAAUUAUUUUUAUUAUUUUUUUUGUGGUUUAGUCAACAUUUCUUUUUCAUAAACAAAAAUAAAUAAAUUCUAAUCAGCUGUGCUGUGAAUGCAUUUGGUAUUUUAUGGGUGAUUUACAGUCUCUUGCAUAAGUAUAAAAUUUUUUAUUAUUUUAUUAUUUUUAUAUCUGUAACAUAAUCUAUUUUUUGGUAUCAUUUUAAAAUAAAUGCCACUUGGUUUGACAUGUUGUUUUAUAACAGUGAAAUUCAUACAUUUGUGGCUUAAGUGUCCAAAUACUUUUUGGAGUCGCUGUAUUUCGGUGCAGAACUGCAUAUAGCAGACGUGAGGGUUUUUUGCAGGCUGCCAAGCAAACGUGGAAGUUGUUUUCCUUUUUUCAGCAAUUCUGUAA